AUGAAGAAUCAUCGAGAUAGUGAUAAAAAAACACAAUUGAAUAUUGACGAUGCUGACCGACCAGCAAAUGUUCAAGGUGUUGCUAGUGGAAUAAAAAAUAUUCCGUCGGAUUAUAAAGAAGUUAAUAUGGAAUUUAAUUCUAUUGAAAAAAAUAUUCAAUGUGUUGCUAGUGAAAUAAAAAAUAUUUCAUCGGAUGAUAAACAAGUUAAUAUUGAAACGAAUUCUAUUGAAAAAAAUGUUCAAGGUGCUACUAGUGCAACAAAAAAUAUUCAUUGGGACUAUAAUGAUGAUGAUGAUAAACAAAUUAAUAUGGAGUCGAGUGUUAUUGAAAAAAAUGUUGAAGAUAUUGCUAGUGCAACAACAAAUAUUCAUUCGGAUAAUGAUGAGAAUACAUUAGUUAAUAUGGAAGAUGGUGAUAUUUUGAAUUAUCUUGCAAUGAUCGAUAAUGUCGAUACAGAGAUUCAACGACAAAAACAAGAACAACAAAAUCUACUUAAUACUAUUGCUGCCGAAGAAUGCAUGUACAGGGUUGUGCAUAACCUUUUGCUAGGGGGGUAGCACUAUGAUUUCAAGUUGAAUACCUAAUGAACUUUAUACCAAAUUAAAGCGCGUCGAAAACUGGAUUUAUUAUUACUAAAUAGUAAAAGUUAUCAAAACCUUUUAAUGUCGAACUCA